AUGUCGUCCGAAGGACACUCCACUUACUCGUACGAAAAAUCGACCGCGUCCUUGCUUAACGGCGCACCAACACGAGGCACGCACAAGGUCAAGUACCAGGGCGACUCGGAAUGGGAUUUCCAGAUCGACGGUGUCGAUGUACCUGUCGACCUUUCCCUCAAUCUUCCCCACUAUCGAGCGCGACACCAACCUGUUGAUCAUCGCAUGAGCAUGUUCAUCGGAGGCGAGAGGGAACCCAUCAAACUCAAAGUUUGCCGGACAGUCUCGAGUCGGUCACGGUUCUAUCUCGAAAUCCAAGCAGACGCUUCCGACGUUACUGUUUGGCUUCCAUCCGACUUCAAAGGACAGAUACACUACGGCGGCAAGGCGUCGUUUUCAGCGGGGUUCGUUAACCGGAUAAUGCGGAAUGUGCGGUUCAAUGAGCCGGUGGAAAAAAUCGAGCAGGAUGGGGUUGUGGUUGUGACAAGGGGGCAUGUGACGUUUAGGAUGUGGGAUAUGGAGACCGGUGCCCCCGAGAAUGGCACAAAGGAGCAGUUGAAGAGGUUCUUUGGGUGCACAAGGAAGGCACCAACAAACGCCAUUGACUGGGACUUUUUGGUUAGGGACUGA